CAUCACAAAUGUAAAGGCCCCUGCUAACUCCAACAGCCCAUCAGAAAGAAAAUCAAUGGUGAGUGAUGCUAGUGGAGGAGAAAGUGGAGGAGUGAUUGUGGGGGUACGUAGCAGCUUCGAUAUAUAUGUAAUACAGAAAGGAGUGAACUAGAAAGCCAGAGAAAAUAAUUAAAUAAUGGAGAGGCUACUUGAAGUAUCACAGAAAGGUAAUGUUCAUUCGUUAAGAAAAUUACUCGAGGAAGUCCCAUCUCUUACUUUAGACGAAGUAUUUACUAGUUUUUGCAGAACUCCAUUACACAUAGCAGUUAUGUGUGGUCGUGCUGAUAUGGUAAAAGAGAUUCUAGCAAUUAAACCAGAACUUGCAUUGAAAGUAGACUCACAAGGAUUUACUCCUCUUCACCAAGCUUCAGCGAGAUGGCAUCUCAAUAUGGUAAAAGUGUUGGUAAAUGCCAAUCCUGAUGCUUGUAUGGUUCAAGAUCAAGAUGGAAGAACCCCUCUACAUCUAGCAGUUAUGAACGAUCGAGUUAAGACAGUUAAAAUGUUACUACAGGAAAGACCGGAAGCAAUUCAUUUAAGGAAUGCUCGCAAUGAGACCAUACUACACUUUUGUGUUAAAAACAAUGGUACUGUGGAGACCCUUAGGUUCUUGGUUGAGAAUUCAACCGGUGAUCAACCUGCAAAUCGAGAUUAUUCUAUUUCUGUCAACUCCAAAGAUGUCGAUGGGAAUACAAUCUUGCACCUUGCUGCAGAAACGGGGAAUAUGAAGGUUGUGAAGUUUUUGGUGGACAGCGGAAUUGUGAGAGUUGAAAUAAAUGCCUUGAAUAAUAAAAACCUCAAAGCCUUCGAUAUGUUACCUGAAACUGUUAAAAAUGAACUAGAAAUUGGAUGUUUUUAUUACUAUGGACCCUCAGAAAACAAGAAGACAAAAAAUGAUCAUAAAGGGCGGAAGGAGAGGGUGAAUACGUUAAUGGUGGUUGCCACAUUAAUAGCAGGAAUCGCAUUUCAAGCUGCUAACAAUCCACCAGGAGGUUUGUGGCAACAGGACACUAAGGUCAGUUCUAGUACAGAUCCUAAUACUUUCACUUAUUAUCUAAACGGCAUGCUUGGCACCCGUAUGUCCGUUGAUUUGGCAUCUUAUCUACUAGACUUGACGUACGGAGAAAGAAAAAGUUAUUCCGGCAACAGUGUUGCUGCGUUGAACAAUACCAAAUAUAAUUAUACAACAACUGACACCUUUACUAGUGCUCGUUUUGUUUUGGAUCUACUGCAAUCUUCUUAUAUAAACAACAACGUCACUACAUACUCCGGUGUGAUUUUAGAAGAGAAUGAUUUCAGGAACAUUAUUUCGGAUUACAAUCGUAGUAGUGGAGGUGAUUUUUUUCCUUAUCUGAUGUUUUACGCUGGAACCCCAAUAAUGGCUUAUUUCAACCCAACUAAUUACAUCCUUUACAUGGUUACUAACGUAGUGGCAUUUCUAGUGUCCGUGACCUAAUGAAUGAUACAUUUGUUGCUCAGGUUCGGCUUCUUGUUGUGCUAAUGUGCAUAUCAAUAGGAUGCAUCCUCUUUGGUUAUAAAUCUGUUUUCAUAGCCCUUACACCAGACUAUUUAAAGAAUCCAACAUUAAUAUCACUCUAUAUAUUCCUUGGGCUAUGGUGCAUAUUUGGAACUGGCUUCUUCAUCUGGUCAUUGAUUUCCAAUAUACUUAAGAUGCGGAAUUACCUUAUUGUUGGAGUUGAAAAAUACCUUAAACUGGCUUUCAGCUUUGACGUACAAGAUGUGGGAAAAGUGAUUUUAUUUAUUUGUGGUUUAUUUGUUUUCUUAUUUUUGUUUCUCUAUAAGUUCAAAGUUUAUUGGGUCCGAUUGGCUUAAGUUUGUCUUUUGUUGAUACAAUUCCUUCGUUUUUCGUUGGUUCACGCCUUGUUUUGUUGUUCUUUGUAAGUGGUCAGCUUGUUUGCUGCUAAUCUUGUUUGUCCGAAGUGGUGUCUGUAAGUCUCAGUUGAUUUGUAUUUGAAAUGGAUUUCCAGUUUGCUGUUGGGGUACUAUUAAUGGUUAUGAGGGGUCGCACAUGUCUGUUUUAAGACCUACAGUACAUGUAGUCCUAAUUUGUUCUA